AUGGCGACCACCGAAACAUAUCCUCAACCAAAAGACCGCCGCUACCACAGCGUUAAGGGAGCACAAUAUACUCUCCCAAACGAUGAUCCAGAGCAUGUGCGCCUCGAAACCCAAGCGGUCCAUCUCUCUGCCUUGAUGUCCGAUAAGAUAAUCCAUUCAACCCUACGCUCUCAACCUAGCAAAAUUCUUGACGUAGGAUGUGGCACCGGCGUCGUCACCACCGCUCUUGCUACGCGAUAUCCCACUGCUCGGGUGUUCGGUCUUGAUCUUACACCUGUUCCGAACAUCCUUGGACGUCAGGUCCCCAGCAACAUUGAGUUCGUCCAAGGCGAUAUCUUGAACCUGGAUAAUGGUCAGACGCCAAAAGAUAGUGGUCUGGCGCUCGCAUCCCCAGAGCGCACGGGCAUGGAAGCGAUCAGAAACGGCCACUUCGACUUGAUUUACUCCCGGCUCCUUCUAUGCGGCCUUUCAGACUGGCCUGGAUACCUGCGCACAGCGGCUUCUCUACUAGCUCCCAAUGGCUGGGUGGAAGUGCAUGACAUGGAUUGGAUCUGGUACGAUGAGUCUAGCAAUGCUAUCUCUGACAAGUGGGAGUGGCUCAAGGUGCUUCGGAAAUCAGCGGAGGACCGCGGACUCGACUUUGAAUGCGGGAGCAGGGCUGCAGGCUGGAUGAGAGACGCAGGCCUAGUUGACAUUAGAGUGGAGGAGUACUACUGGCCGUUCGGAGGAGAAUGGGAAGAAAGAGAGGAGAUGAAGCAAUUCGGAGAGUACGUGGCGACGGAGAUGCCGAGAAUGUUCAUGCAUGUCAUUCUCAAAGUCAACGAGAGACAUGGGUAUACGGAAGAGCAGGUUGGACGCUGGCAGGAGCAGAUGCGCGAGGACUUCAGGCCGGAGAAGGGGAAGCAUUGGAAGUUCUAUGUCACGUGCGGGAGGCGCUCGGCUUGAUGACCUCCUGC